CGCCACUCUCCUCUACGCUCCUCUUCCUUACAACUGUUGCUGACUGACUUCCCCAGAAUCCCCCACUUAUCUCUCUUCCUAGACACACAUUACACACACUGAAGCUACAUAUAUUCAAAAUUGGAAAGUAUCUUUGCUCUGAAGAUUAGUUAGUAUUCUUUCCAUCUGCCAUGGAUUCCGAGGAGGUUGAUCAGACCUACAAGCUCCCGACCUUCCUUACCCCAUUCCUUUUCUGCACAAAGCUCCUCUCCCUUCAAGCAGAGAUCAUUUCCACCUGUAUCGUCAGCCUGGCAUCGCCUUUCUUUUCCAUCAUCUCCCUUGUUUCCGAUCUCUUCCGCCGACCCCAGGAGACCAAAGAAUACUUCCAAGCCGCCGCGCCGUUGCCCUCAACGGUGGAAGCUGGCGGCGGCGGAGGAAGCAGCAGCAGCCUCCUACUGGGGAGGAUUGCAAUGGGGCUGCUGGCGGCGGCCUAUGUUUGCAUGGUGCUAAUCAUAGUGAUGGUUGUGGCGGCGGUGCUGGGUGUGGGGCUGGUGAGAAUGUGGGUUGAAGAGCCUGUUUAUGUGCGGGAGAGUCUGCAGUUUGACUACACAGAUGCUCAUCCGACGGCUGUGUUCUCUUUUGGGGGCCAGAAGGGGGGUGGUGCUGUGCCCGUUGGCCAAACACUUUAUGUUUCUUUGCUGCUUUUGAUGCCUGAUUCUGACUACAACAGAGAUGUUGGGAUAUUUCAGUUGACUGCUGAAUUAAUAUCAGGCGGAGGAGAGUUAGUGGCAAAAUCAAGUCAUCCGUGCAUGUUACAGUUCAGGAGUUGGCCGAUUAGGCUGACGCGGACGUUUCUGAUGGGUGUACCGUUGAUAUUGGGGAUCUCAACCGAGACUCAAACCAUAACCUUUCCGAUAUUGAAACACAAAGAAGUCAGCUACCCAAGAACAGAGUUGGUCCGAGUAACGUUGAUUCCCCGAGCCGGCACUUCAUCCCUUCCUCAGUUCUACGAUGCAGAAUUACUCGUGAAAUCCCGGCUCCCUUGGAUGAAAGAAUUGGUAUACAGGUGGAAAUGGACGUUUUACGUUUGGACGACCAUUUACAUAUUCAUCAUUCUUGUCAUGGUUCUUGUUUUCUUCCUCAAGCCCAUCAUCUUUCCGGUCAUGGCAGCUCCUGCUGUAAAGGUUGAACAAGAUUCAGCGGUAGAAUUAGCACCUCAAGAGCCGUCGGUGAGAGCGAGAGAGGAGAGAGAGGUGUUGGAGUCCCUGAGAAGAUGGCAACGAAGUAGAAAUAAGAGGAAGGCUGCCCUUCUUCAAGGGGCGAUCUCCGAGAGAGUGAGUCCAUCAGCUCCCAGCAUUAGCCUUACUCAGGCGGAGACAGAUCUGGGUUUCGAAGAAGGCAGUGGAGACUCGGAAUCAGUAUGUUUCAGGGGAUUUGAUGGAUAGGUGAUGGUCUUUUUUUCCUGAAGAUGAGUAUCCGUUUUUACCUGUAGUGAGAGCUGAGAUUAAGGUAGUUUUGUUUGAUGUAUGAACACAUCAAGUUUUUACAUUAUGUUUGUUGAUGGUGGACGAAAGCAAUAUCAAAGCGAGCAUCUAGACAGAGAAACAAAAAGCAAUCAAUGUACAGGGUGACCUUUUGUACUUGUGCACAAACAAAAGUUGUUUAUCAAGUUUCGGAAAAGCUUAUUGCAAUGCCAAGACAAAUAUCAUGAAUUGAAGCAUAUCCAAAACCAUCAGCGUGUUUCUUGCCAAACCAGCAUUAUUAAUCUGCAAAACAGCAUCUCAUCUUAUUGGUGCGAAGAACCAAUUUAGAUAAUGUAUGAAGGAAAUGAACAGACUAUGUAAUUAGAUAUCUUUGGCUUUGCAGCCUGUGUCGAGUUAUAACUUGUGGAUGGUUUUCAUGUCAGCCGCUUCCCUUAGAGUCCCUUUCUCGACAUGAUCCCACCACUGAAACAAGAAGUUGUCCACAACUAGUCUGAACCA